UCACGCAUGUAGGACAUACACAAUUCACUAUUUUUAUUUUGUUUUGACAAGAGCAACAUGUGACACAUGUGCGAGUGGCAUGUUGCCAAAAAAUUUUCAAGUAUGCUGUCAAAUUCUGACUAAUAUUGCGAGAAAUUCAUUGCCCAUUCAUCACUUCAGUAAAAAAGUAUCACGAAAUGGCAGAUUUAUCGAGUGGCCAGAACCGCUGGAAAAUAAAAUUCGUUUAACCCGCAAACAAUACCAGAAGAGGCUCGAACAAUGUCCCAAGCCAUCGUUCGCGCAACUCUGCUGUAAAAAGUUGUUUUCCAAGUCUAACAAUAAGCCUGAAUGCAAAGCAAUUACAAUCGGUGACGAUUACAUAAAGGCACGACAAUGCCUAAAGCUCCGUGUCGAAGAUCUGAUAAAAUUCGUGGAAGAUGAGACGCAAUUGAUCGCGAACGACGUAAAGAGUCGUUUGGAUAGCAACAGGGCCACUCGAGCGACACAAUUGGAAUAUCUCCUCACGAAGACGACGGGAAAACUGGACGAAGUGAUGAAACUGAACGGUGCUUAUGGCAUCUGGAUGCGAAAGAAGACGUUGCUGCUCAAUGACGAGAUAAAACGUUCCUUCGACGCUGUGGAGCGAGCGAUCGGUCCGAACGAGAAGCGUAUAGCGUCCAUGCUGGCAAAAUUGCGAAGCGACGUGUCGGAUUCCGUCGAGAGCGCUGAGAAGAAUCUCGUCGCGUGUCGCAAGCACGAUCUUCCUCUCGAUCUCGCGAGAUGUACGAAGGAGCGAUCGGACGAAGCGACGAGGAUGCUCGAUCGGAUGAACGAGGAGGCUUGUCGCAAGCUCAAGGAGAUCGCCAAGUUUCGCGAGACGGUCUUAAGAACGCACGAAAUCACGACGCAGGAAACGAUAGAGAUAAAUCGCAAAAAGACGACGGAUUUGUUGCGACUGAUGAAAAAAUGUAUCGUCCAGCUGAAGAAGUCUAAAAUGCGACGGAAAAAACGUGGAACUAAGAAAUAGGCAGGCAGUACAAGCGAGCUGUUAGACAAACUCUAAAAUCGAUAAGUAACGAAUAAUUAAUUUUAAAUUAAUUAUUUAGUUAAUCCGACGCUCUUGAAAUUGUGAAUAAUUCGAAGAAAUUGGUCCCGCUUGUUUUGAACUUCGGAAAUAAAUGCGUAACGGAACCAUUUAUCUUCGCGCGCCUUUGUGAUUGGAUACACAUAAUAUGUUUCUUUUAAAUGAAGAUUUAUGGCAGAAAAAUGUAAAAGAUUUCGCGAGAAUCAGCAAUAAAAUUACUAGACGUGGGAUUCUAAAA